UUUAAAUCAAAACGUAAUAUAGCAUCUGCCACUUUCGCUGUCCACGACAAUGGUGAUGCUUACAAUCUUGGUUGGAAUUCCGCUUCUUCUACUUGUUGAUGCUCACGUUUUUGACCGAGGAAUUGCAGAGAUGGGACCAAUACAAAGACAAGAUCGUUUAGCCGACCUCCUGAAAAAAGGAACAGUGUAUGUUGCCAGAACAGGGAGCAGUGAUCCGAAUUAUGAAGCUCCUGGAGUGAGAGUAGUCAAAAAGUAUCGCUUCACUCCCAGACUUCCAGGCCUGAACCAGCCACGCGUGAAAUACAUUACAUUGCCGGAUGACGAGAAACUUCGCGUUGCAAGACCAUGGACAACGCGCAUUUUGCCAGGGACCACUGAUGGUUUGUGGCCAAACUCACUCGACGAUACAAAUCUUGAAAGAUUGUUGAACGGAUAUGUAGUUCCCCUCCAAGAUUUCGAAACAUCGAGCUUCGAUCUUCCGGACGGCAGAGUUGUGCGUUGGGCUAAUGCGCAAGACAGAGAACGGAUGCCGAUAGAUGCUGAGCCUGCUCUCAUGCAAUUCGAUGAAAAUGCAAGAAGAAAUCCUGAGCUCUAUCACGAGUGGCUUGCGUGA